UUGCAAACUAACUUCCAACCACUGCCGGCCGGGGUGUCAUCCCUCAAACACCCUGUGUGUCCUGCAGUCCGUGUCUUGUUUCAAUGUUGCUGCAGAUAUGAAUAAUGACAGAGUUAUAGACGAUUGAAUAUAAAUAAAUAAUGGGAUAAAGAGUUACACAGAAUAGAAUCCCAACAAACCAUAUAUCCCCACUCAACACCCAUCCAACAAUAAGUCCGCCCAUCCGGAUCAAACUACCCAUAUCAUACGAACAAAUAUCUCUCCAUCUAUUUGACACAACCCUCCGUCAUCCCGAGCACUAAACAAUACCACACUAUUCCCGCCCACACACACCUCUGGAACACCUCUCACAAGCCUAUCCCGCCCUCCACCUGCCUGCUUUUCCAACAGCUAUCCCUGCGUCAUCCUGCCAGAACCCUCGCCGCUUCCCAACUUACAACCCACAUCGUCACCCCCCCCCCACCUUACCUUAUCAUGACUCUCCCUCUCAUCAUCGACUGAAAAAACCAGCCCUUGGCCCUACCCAAGCACAAAAGCACAAAUCCCUUAACCCUGCCGGUCCCCAUGCUCCAUCUAUCUACAACUCAAAACCUUUGACCCUUGAAAUAAAAACUUACGCAUCUUCACCAAAAACGCCUGAGCUGAUCCCCGGAUCUUCCACCAAAAGAGCACAGCUUCAUAUCCCAGCGUGCCCGCCGCCGUCCAGACCCCUCGUCUCGACCCCAUCAACCCUCAAACCACCACUUAUUUGGAUAAUACCCCAACACCGCCAUCAUGAGCGUCGUCCAGAUCAUCCUCCGUGGGCUCCAGUUCCUCUGGAUCCUCCUCAUCACAGCCCUCAUCGGUAACGUUCUCGCCGGCAAGACCUCCAACAGCCCACCCACCAACUAUGCCAUGUUCACCGUCGCCUUCUGCUGGCUCGUCUGGAUUUACGGCAUGGCCGCCGCCGUCAUCGAAUCCGUCGCCAUCCCCAUCGUUCUGAUCAUCCUCGACGCCUUCGCUACCAUAUUCACCUUCAUCGCAGGUGUCGUCCUAGCGGCGAAGCUCGGCGCGCACAGUUGCGACAACCGCGCCUACCUCGAGACCAAGGCCAUCCUCCGCGACAACGGCUCCACCACCCGCCACUGCCGCGAGCUGCAAGCCAGCUGCGCCUUCUUCUGGUUCCUCUUCGCCUGCUUCAUCGGCUCCAUGGUCAUGACAGGCCUCAAGGGUGGAUUCGGCGGCAUGAGGCGCGGCGGUGGAGGUGGGGCUCCCGCCAUGUCGCAGGUUCGCUAAGGAGUGAAGAAAUCCCGACAACAACCCAGCGAUGUCCAGCACGCUGCAAGGGAUUUGAUAUAAGAAACAAGCUGGAGGAUGUUGUUGUGUAAUUUAAAAAGUAUGUGUCGGUGGAUUGGUUGUCUAGUGAGUACGGUCUGUGGAGUUCCACAUUACGCUCACUACCUGUAUCUGGGCGUUGCGUUGCCGCUGUGACUUUUUUAUUUUUUUGGUUUUUAUCUAGGAAGAACAUGGGGG